CGGACCACUUCCGCCCAACUUCUUCCUACAUUGCCAGGAGCUUCAGGGCAGAGCGGAAGUGACACACCAGAAUUGUUCCGGCGACUGGCACGCGUCUACCUGGUUUCCGUAUGCUGUCAUCUGCACAGCUGGUCCCUACCAGUGUGCGUCGUGCCCGCUGGUGGCUCUGCAGCUCGUCUCGUUCCUUCAUGGAUCUGAAGGCUCUUCUCUCUUCCUUGAAUGACUUUGCAUCCCUCUCAUUUGCUGAGAGCUGGGACAAUGUGGGAUUACUGGUGGAGCCAAGCCCACCCCAUACUGUAAAUACACUCUUCCUGACCAAUGACCUGACGGAGGAGGUCAUGGAGGAGGCUCUGCAAAAGAAGGCAGAUCUCAUUCUCUCCUACCAUCCACCUAUUUUCCGGCCCAUGAAGCGUAUAACUUGGAACACCUGGAAGGAGCGCCUCCUGAUCCGGGCUCUGGAGAACAGAGUCGCCAUCUACUCUCCCCACACAGCCUAUGAUGCCGCACCCCAGGGAGUCAACAGCUGGCUGGCCAAAGGGCUUGGAACUUGCACUACCAGGCCCAUCCACCCUUCCAAAGCUCCAAACUACCCCACGGAGGGGACUCACCGACUAGAGUUCAGUGCAGACCACAGCCAAGACCUGGACAAAGUCAUAUCUGCAGUGAAAGGGGUUGGAGGUGUCUCUGUCACCUCUUUUCCUGCCAGGUGUGAUGGUGAAGAGCAAACACGGCUCAGUCUGAACUGUACUCAGGAGGCUUUGAUGCAGGUGCUAGCUUCUCUUUCCCAGGACGCACAACUUUAUCAGAAAACUGAAAUUCUUUCACUGGAGAAGCCAUUGCUUCUGCAUACUGGAAUGGGACGGUUGUGCACACUGGAUGAAUCUGUCUCCCUGGCAACAAUGAUAGAGCGAAUCAAAAGACACCUAAAGUUGUCUCAUCUUCGCUUAGCUCUUGGAGUGGGACGGACCUUAGAGUCCCCAGUUAAAGUUGUGGCCCUGUGUGCUGGCUCUGGAGGCAGUGUUCUGCAAGGAGUGGAGGCCGACCUGUACCUUACAGGUGAAAUGUCCCACCAUGAUGUUCUGGAUGCUGCUUCCAAAGGGAUAAAUGUCAUCCUUUGUGAACACAGCAACACUGAAAGAGGCUUCCUUUCUGAUCUUCAAGAAAUGCUGGGUGUUCACUUGGAGAAUAAGAUUAAUAUUAUCCUGUCUGAGACAGACAAGGACCCGCUCCAUGUGGUUUAAAAUGCAAGGACGUCAUGAUGACAGAAGCCACAGAUCACCUGGAUUGAAACUGGAUUGGACUGUGCAGGAAAUGGUGCACUAUACCACCCUUCUGCAGAACUGUAAUGGACUUCUCAUUUCUGUUCGCUAAUCUGGCUCAACAAAUGUCAUAGCUCAUACAGUAAAACUGUGUAUGUAAAGAGUGCAUUAAAGACAAAUCUUCCUAUUUUUGUUUUGGUUUUUGGUGGUGUAGGGAUCAAACUUUAUGUGUUUACCACUCUCAUUGGCAGCAUGAACUUGGGAGAGUGGGGGCCUAAAAAUGAGGUGAACUAAUGUCUCAUGCAAUAGCUAAGUUUAUUCAAAGCAUCAGACAAUUUAUACUCUGAGGGUUGAGUCACAAGCCUCAUGUAGCAAAACCAUGUUUUCCAAUAGAGGCUUAUGAACAAUAAGAACAGCCAACGGUAAUGAAUAAAGUGAACUCACUCCCAUCUGCUUGUUCCACCUGGGAAGGGCACAAAAGCACAUCCCAAGAAAAAUUAUGUGUUUUUGAAGAAACUCUUGUUUUCUUUGAUUCUUUUUUUUUUUCACAAACACUCAGAAUUACCCUACAAGACUAUACUUGGACUAUGUUCCAGCUCUAUGAAUGGAAGGCAAGUGUUCUACCACUGAGCUCCGAACUCCUCCUAAGAAAUGGUGUUAAGUGUUCAAAAUAUGACUUUGAUUACUACCCAUUUCUGCAGUCACUGUACAAGCCAGACUCAGAAAGACACACUCUGGGCUGGAGAGAGGGCUCAGCAGUUGAGAGCACUGGCUGCUCUUCCAGAGGUCCUGAGGUCAAUUCCCAGGAACCAUGGUGACUCACAGCCAUCUGUCAUGGGAUCUGAUGUCCUCUUCUGGUGUGUCUAAGGACAGCUACAGUACACUCAUGUACAUUAAAUAAAUCUUUAAAAAAAAAAGAAGACACAUGCUGCAUUUCUCUUAUUAAUAACCUAGAAUGUGUGUGUCUGUCUGUGUGUGUGGGUGCACACACGCCAUAAAACUAGAAAGGGAUGAGACAGGCUGACAGAUUUUUAAGGAAAAAAAAGAGGAAAUGAGGGUGGUGGGAUGCACGUACUAGAAAGCAGAGGGGAGCAUGGCCAUUGGGGAGGGAACAGAUGAGAACCGAUACAGUGGUUCUAUGUAUUCAGAAAUGCCAUUAAGGGAACUGGUUAAUUUUGCAUGCUAACCUAAAAAUUAACAGGAGUUCCUCCAGUAAAAUUACACCUCCAGCUCAGAAACAAAUUAGGCAGGAAUCAUAGCUUCAAGUCAGGUUGUAACUGCUAUGCAUGAAGAGACAAUGUUGCUCAGAGAAGGAGGCGAGUGUAUAGUAUCUACCUACAUACCCAUUAGACUUGUACGAUGCAGUCAAUCUUUUUCAGACACUUCAAAACAGCCAGCUUACAAAAGGACUCUGCAAACUGCUUUCAUUUAUUAAACUAUAAAGGCAACUGCAAAGAUGUCACAUUAUAUAAUUAGAUGUUUAUACUGAGGAGUUACACUAGACACAUUAAGCAAAAGUGUAAAAGUACAUGGAACUGGGGAGGUGUCUCAGUGGGUAAGAGUACCCAAGUUUGGAUCCCAGCACUCACAUAAAAAGCUGGGCAUGGCUAUGUGCCUGUGACACCAGUUCCGGUGGGAAGACAGGCUCACUGGCAGCCCAUCUAGCCUACAAGGAGCUCUGGUUCAGCAAGAGACAUUGUCUCAAGGAAAUAUGGCAGAAGGUGGUAGAAGACAUUUUAUUCAGCCUCUGUACAGACACUCACACACCACACUCCACACAAAGUGCAGACCAGCAGGAUUCAUGUUACAAAUGUAUAUUUAUUUAUUAAAUGUUUGUUGUUUGUUUGAAACAGGACAUCACUGCAGCUUAGACUGGUCUAGAACUCACUACCUAGUCCAGGUCUUGAACUCAUGUUUUCCUCCUGCCCUGCCUUCUUGAUGUUGAGAUUACAAAUGUAAGCUCAUGUUUUGUGUUUUAAAAGGAGAGAAGCAAUCUGCCUGCCUCUGACUCCUGAGUGCUGGGAUUAAAGGUGCCACCUAUCCCUGUGAGCUAUUUAAGAAAAUAAAAAAUGUCAAUGUACAAGAAUGAUGAAACAUUUUUAUUUUCUAUUGUCCUGAAAACAAUAAAAUGUAAAUCAGGUUUUUAUUUCUU